AUGUUCAACAGUCAACCACAACUCACUAUAAAAGCUGAGAAAAACAAAGCAUUUUACGAAUCCUGUCAUAUUGGAACGUUCAACAUUGAAAGUGGAAACAUAGCAGAUUGUCUGGAGCACUGUUUGGAGAACUGUCGGUGUCAGUCGUUUCAAAUUUGUCAAAACACAAAAUGUCAACUGUGUUCAAGUCACAAGCAAGAGAACAGUUCAUUGCUUCAUGAGAAAAAAGACUGCAUCUAUGCUAUGUACGAGAUUUAACAGAAACGUUUCAGGUAAUGCAUGCAUGUAUUGCCAUGUAACGCUUUCAAGCAAUUUAAAAUUUACGUGCAUGUUUCUCAUGUGUAAUUGAGGCACUGUUAAUUUCAAGGAGUGAAACCCAGCAGAGUUAUUUUAACUCCAAACGUGUCGUCUGGAGAGUGCAGAACAUGAUACCUUCAUACUUUAAAAUAUGCAUGCAUGGAAGGGAUUUAUCUUCGACUUACACUCCUUGUUAAAUAGCUUAUAACUAGCCAUUAAUAAAUUUCACUUGCAUUUCAUAUUCUUAGUCACUGGAGGGUCAAUGUUCACUGGAGGGUCAAUGUUCAAUGAAAUACAACUGUUGUCACCAAUCGAAUAUCUGUCCCAAGAACAAAAUAUGUAAACCAAUCAACUCCCUCAAACAAAAGCAAAAGCCCUGGAAACGUUUUACCUGCGAAUGCACCGAUGAUUUAAUACCAUAGAGACAACUGUGACGAGCUAAUCAGAUCAUGUGGCGGGUAUUUGGACCGUCACCGAGAACCGGGCAUGUACCAAGUAGUGGAUUCCGUCAAUGGUUUGUAUGAAGUAUACUGUCAUUUCGAUUCUGAUCAUGUAGCGUGGACUCUGGUGCUGUCGAAAGACAUUUCUAUCAGUGAAAAUGCUCUAACAUGGAGUGGCUAUCGACUUAGCAAACCAAGAAUGAAAUCUAUUAAAAAUAAUUCAAUUUUCCUGCAGUUCACCUGUGAUUAUGAGAAAUAUCUUGAUUUAAAGAUAUCCGACUACGCCCAAAUUGACCUUCGAAAUAUUAGAACCUGGUCGGGAGAUGAGAAAGUCGACGUUCUUGAGUUCAGCGGAUAUACACACCAUGAUACUAUUGGCAAAGGGCGUGGUAAAAUCGGAGAAUAUGAUUUAAAUCUGUGUCAAAUUCGGCUCCAUCAGGGGACGGAUUGGUCUUUGCAUGUUAUUUUUAUAGAUAGCAAAAGUGCUGUUAAUCCAGCAUAUACGGGCAACUUAUUUGCAUGUACCGAGGACGGUUUUGGGUUUUUUGGUUACUAUUAUUAUCUUCGUGAUUGUGGAAAACGCUUUCAUAGAUGUGUAAAGAAUGCUCAUUCUACGACCCAGCUUCUACGAUGCUCAUUCUACGACCCACCGAGAAUCGGGCAUGUAUAA